AUGACUGAGUUUUAUUUAAACGACUUCAAAGGAAUUCUCAGUAGCGAGUUCAAAGAGUUAAAAGGUGUUAGACUGCAUAAUAUUAUAUUUUGGGGCAAUGACAACAUACCUAUUCGACCAGGAACUGAAUUCCAAAGCUUAGCUGAAGAAACAACUGAUGAAAAUCGCUCCAAGUACUUAUUUAAGGUGACAUCAAUAUAUGGGCAAAAGUACGGCAAACGCGAAAUACCAUAUACAAGUGGUUCUUUUGAUCAGUUGGAAGCUCUUGCUAGAGAAUUUUUUGGAGAUUUAGAGGAAGGAACGUUUAUUUUCGACUGGAAUCUUAAAGCUGUGUUUAAGGAUAUACUAAGACGACAGACUUAUGGAUCACUUGCUAAUAUGCAAAAAUUUUACAUGAAAGAAUAUGCCCCACUAGAUCCACCAUUUACUGGGGAGGAAUGUGGAAAAACAGUUGAGUGGGACUAUGGGAGUCAUGGGUAUGGUCCCAUAGAUUAUUGGGUAAUAUUUGUUGAUAUUUUGUUACUGUUAUGUGAAGCAAAGUCGCAAGAUAUGGACCAAGGUGUUGCUCAGGUUAUCCGUUCAGAUGUGGAGUGCAAUUGA